AUGAACCUAGAUGAAAUCACAGCUGCUGUCAAAAAUGACUGCUGCAUCAUUCAGUUGGGAGAACACUUGCUGAACAAAGGUGGAAUAUCUGCUAAGAAUGAGGCAUAUGUCCAAAAGAAGUUGCGAGAGCUGGGAAGGUUACUGGUCAGUGGCAGCAAAGUUGCAUCUUUGAAGAGAAUGGAGGAUUUCCUAGAUCCACAGAACUAUAUGAAGACAGUUAAAGCUGUUAGACAUGCAUCAGUGUCGCAUUGUGGUGCAGAUAGUCCAUAUGCACUUACAUCCACAAAAUUACGAAAACAGGCAGCAACUCUUUCUACAGUCCUAAAUCUGAGGGACACGGACUUGGAUCAGUUAGCAAACUUUCUUGGACAUGAUAUCCGAAUUCACCGGGAAUACUAUCGCCUUCCUGAAAAGACCCUACAGCUUGCAAAAGUCAGCAAAGUGCUUAUGGCGUUAGAACAAGGAAGAGUUGGGCAGUUUAAGGGCAAGAAUUUGGAUGAGAUCACUAUUGAUCCAAAUGAGGAAAUGGAGUUAAACAGUGAUGAAAUAAUGAGUGAGGAAGGUGAGAAAUGCGAAGAACAUGAAGACACUCAAGCAGAUGUGAGGGUGCCACCAGUGGACACUGAAAUCGUGCUCACUGUGGAGAUGAAUUCUCUUCAAAGGUCUUCUAAAGGUAAAACUUCUACUCUGAAAAAGAGGAAGGCUUGGGAAGUAAACGAGGUCACCGCAGUAGAGAGACAUAUGAAGACUUUCAUCAGGGAAGUUGGCCUGUCAAAACUGCAUUACAGCUGA